AUCAACGCAGUGUGAGGAAGUAGGAGGAAAGCCUCGAACCAUCGCCUUGGUCGACCAGCGCGAAGGCAGCAUCGCGGCUGCAUCGGUGGCCGCCAUGGAUCCUCCUGACGAGGUCGGUGGUGACGAUGAGGGAUGGCAGGUGGUGGCCAAGAAGUGCAAGAGGGCGGGGAAGGGCGGCGGAGAGAAACAUAGAGUGCGCGAGCGAGAUAGGGGUGAUCGGAGGAGGAGGGGGAGCGCAGGCAGCGCCGGGCGUCGGGGCGGGAUGAAGGAGGUGGAGGGGAAGGAUGCUGGCGAAGAUGCGCCGUCAUCAGCCGGCCACGGGCGGAGGAAAAGGAAGCGCAAGUCCUGCGGGGAUUUGCCGACGAUGCCCGCGGCGCAGUCUCCAGGUGCCUUGUCGGGACAGGGACAACCCCCAGCAGCGGGGGAACUGGGGAUGCCGAUCCCGAUCCCGAACAGCGCAAAGGCGGGAAAGAAACUGGCAACACCACAACGUCGGGAGGUGGAGGAUGAGGAGGCCGCGGGUGCCCAUCGAGUGUGGGAGGUGGUGGAAAAACCUUUGGCGGCGGCAGUGCUCUCCAUCUCCCGCGCUAUGUCCCAGCUGCCGGAUGCGCAGGAUUUUCAUUUCUACAACUUGUUUCCCGCCUUUAAGGGUCCCGUGGAGGAAGCAGCCCACUUGGCUCGUCGGAUGUUGAAACGUUUCGGCACGGAUGAUUGGACCGAUGAUGUGGAGGAUCUAGGGGGGUGGUUGGCGGCAGUGCAGGACAACUUGUUGGAGAAAGUGGACACAGCAAUUGAUGAGCACGAAGGGCGGGCAGCGACGGACGGGCUGCUGCCGCGUGGCGGCGGAGCUAAUCGGCAUGGCAGCCGGGGUCGGGACAGGAGUCGGGGUCGGGACAGAAACCGCGGAAAGAGUGUCGGGGCUCCGCAGCGACAAGGAGGUCAAGGGGGAGGGGGAGGGGGAGGGGGAGGAGAGGGGAACAGAGUGACAAUGGGACACAGAGAGUGGAGGGCGGGAAAAGGCGGCGGCCGGGGGGGCGGCGGGAAGCACCAAGAAAUGUUGCAGAUGCAAUUGGAUUGGAUCCCCCGCCCUCAGGACAAGUUCGAUGAACCUGUCGAUAAUUCGAACGCGCCUUUUUGCCCGCGCCCGUGGUGGGUUAAACAGGGGGUCGGGAAGCCGCCGCCGCCGGCUAUGGCGCAGUCCCCGCCGCCUGCCGCUUCCGCCCGUGCAGUCGCUCCGCCUACCUCUUCUGCGCGGUCCCCCUUUUCCCCGGGUACGUCCGCGCGAGGCGGCGCAGGCGCUAGGGCAGAGAGAGUUGGGUCGGCGCUCGAUCUCCAUGCGUCCCGACUGGGUGCUGUUAAAGGACCGGCAGGAAAAACUCCCAGCCAUAUUUACCAGCAUCCUGUGCAGGAUCAGCUGCAGAACCUGACGUACCAAGACUGGCAACUAGAGUGUCAGACCCCGCAGCCUCCAACUCCAUUUGAGGAUGCCAGUUGCUCUCUUUCGGACACGCUUGGUGAACUUCGUUUCAUCGCCAAGAAACUAUCUGCCUCCAGUGAGAUCGCUGUGGACUUGGAACAUCACAGCCAUCGCACAUUUCAAGGAAUAACUUGCCUUAUGCAGGUAUCUACGAGGACGGAGGAUUUCAUCAUCGACACAAUUGCCUUGCGGAGCCACAUUGGUCCGGUUUUGGGCCCUGUCUUUCUCAACCCGAAGAUAGUGAAGGUGAUGCACGGUUCAGAUCACGAUAUUGUGUGGCUACAGCGGGAUUUUGGCAUAUACAUAAUGAAUUUGUUCGACACGGGGCAGGCUGCUAGAGUCCUGCAGUUUCCAUCAGCUGCCUUGAAGUAUCUUCUUCAGCACUUCUGCGACUUGGAUGUCGAUAAGCGUUACCAGUUGGCAGACUGGAGGAUUCGACCCAUACCGGCGGAGAUGAUGAAGUAUGCGCAGUCAGACACCCACUUUCUGCUAUACAUAUAUGAUCGUCUGAAGGAAUUGCUGAUGACCCAGUCCAUCAACCCGCCUCCUAGAGAAGGAGCCCCUGCAGUGGAGGGUAUUCCCCCAAAGGGAGGCGAUAAACCUACGGCUGAUCUUAUUCUAGAGGUGCUGACACGCAGCCGAAAUCUGUGUCUGAUGCAAUAUUCAAAAGAACUCUUCACUGAGACAUCAUACCUCAAGUUCUACAAGAAAUUUAAAUGCAAGCUCAAGCCGGACAGCCUUGCUCUGCUGGCGGGAUUGUAUGCAUGGCGUGAUAGAGUCGCUCGCAAGGAGGAUGAAAGUGUUGGUUACGUGCUCCCAAAUCAUAUGCUACUUCGACUAGCGCAAAGGGCACCCACAGAUGUACGUUCGCUUGUCGGAUUACUGCAUGGGGGAUGCUCUGUUGUCGCCAAGUACGCGGCAGAGGUUAUAGAGGUUAUGCGAAAAUCAAAGGAGCAGGCCGGUGAUUGUAUUGCUGUUGAGAAGUUAUUGGACGAAGAUGAUGACAAUGAGAUAGAUGGGACUGAGAAGUUUGAAGCAGCAGACGAAGAUGAGGAUCACGAGUUUGAUGUCCCGGAUUGGGGGUUGGAAUCAUACAAUAACGGAGAGGAGAGUGAGGAGGAAGGCGGUGAGGAUAGUGCUGAGGAGGACACCGGCGGCUUACCAUCAGCCGUGCGUAGGAGCGGAGGUGAGGAAACCGCGGCGGAACGGUCUUUGCGGGCUAUUAUGCUGCAUGAUCAAGGAGAGGAGGCAGAGACACCUAUCAAGGGGGGAACAGCGCAGAGUGUGUCACAGCCUGCUGACCAGGAAGUUGGCAGUUGUGCUAUGGAGAAACCAAAACAAGCGAGCAGCAUGGAGGUUACUGUCGCUGGAGCUGGCGCUGGGAACGGUUAUACAUGUUCUGGGCAGGCUCCAAGCAUGAUAGUCAAUGCAACUGAAGAGGUCAGGUGUUAUGCUCAGGAGUCUGGAAUACAGGUUGAACUCGUCAAACAGCAGGAGGGCAAUGUAAAUGAGACAGAGAGAAGGAUUACAUCCACAACAUAUGAAGUGGAUCGACAUAUAGAACCGUCUAUAACUGGGCCAUCCGGUGAGAUCUUGCCAAUGGACAUCAGUGAGGAGCAAACAGUCCGUGAAAGCUGCAAAGCAGCCGGUGGCGAAGCCGGGCAGUGCGUAGCAUUGUCUUCGCAUCAGAAGGCUCAAAGGUUGGCUUUGCCCACAACGGACUCCCGUGAGAGCGAAAUUUGUGCGGCCAAUCCUGAUGGUGCGGGUAUGAGAGUACCACAUCCAUCCACUGAUUUAGACUGGGAAAGAAAAAGAACAUCUGGACGCGCUCAGAAUGCCUCACCAUCUGUGAAAACUGAGGUUGUGCGGCAAGUGAAAGCCGUCUCAGCGAAGGUGAUGGCUGUGAAGAAGGGAGGCCUGCUUGGGUCCAUGCUAGGAAUGUCCUCAAAGAGUACCAUGAAGACCGGGCAAUCGCAAACGCGGAAGGACGUCGCUGUACAUGCAGAGAUCGGCGAGGAGCGGCAGCUAACAAAGGGCCAUGCAGAUCACAUCGUGAAAGGUAGUGAAAAGUUAAACGUAGAGUCGGUGGCUGCUGUUUCUCCACGUCCUGAUGCAAUGAUGCCCUGUGUGGCUGCCGAAGGACCAGAGAUCAUGACGGACAUCCAACUUCAUGCAAGCGAAAAUCGAACCAUUGAAGAAAGUAGGUCGGAAACUUCCAGCCAGCUUAGACGAAAGGAAAAGGCUGUGCCUGUUGCAGAUGCAGGAGGGGCACCCAGCGAGCAAGAGCUGCAGGUAUCUUUUUCUGGCAUAAAUGGCGGUCACGAAAACACAGGAUCUCAUCAGGACUAUGAGGAGCUGAAAUCUGAGCCAGCUUUGCCGCAGGCGAUGAUCAAUGCUGGACACACAAGUCAAGAGAAGCCUGUAGUGGAGCCAUGUCUAUCCGGCGGUCCACUGUCAUGUCACCAGUCUGAGGCGGCAUGUAGGGAUAACCCUUCUGAGAAGCUGAAAGGUGGUGCGGAAGCCGUUGACCUCCUGCCAGCUGUUGCAUUAGGGGGGGGCAUCGAACUGACUUCGUUGACAACAAAGGAUAGGGUUAGUUUGAAGACAGAUGUCGAUGGUGCCCGCUGUGCUGUCGUGGCACAGUCAGAGCACAGAGAGUCAACGUAUGCGAGGGAAGACGUAGCUUCAUCCAUAAAGCGCGAGGCUGAGGCGGAGGAGAGAAGAGGAGAAGGGACAGGUGGCGACGGGAUCACCAAAGCCGUCAUGACCAGCUCAGGUCCCAAGGAGUCGGUGCAUUCGUUGGAAGGCCAGGCGCUACCUGCGCAGCCUCAACUGAAGGAGAGAAGAGGGACGGGAACGAAGGUAGCUGUAACGAAAAAAGGAGGAUUGCUUGCUUCGAUGCUUGGUCAGAAAUCAGUGAAAAGAACAGUGCAGGUGCAGAAAAUCGGCGGCGUGUCAUUAGACCAGCAGGUGAAGACUGAUGCAACUGAGGCAGGGUCUCAAUCGGAUCAGCAAGCUGUCGCCAUUGUCGCUCAACCAACCCCUGUUCCAAGUACAAGUGGUGUACCCCAUGUUGCAGCGUCUGCAAGCAGGCUUUCUGAUCAGCUGGCGCAGUCAGAGGACAGAGCAGAGUUAUUUGCAAAGGAGGAAGAAGGUUCCGGUGGGAGACUUGGGGAAACCGACCGAAGUGAUGGGCACAUCAGGGCAGGGCAAGCAGAGGAGGAUUCUGUUGCAGAGGAGGAGGAUGUGUUAUUGUUUGAGACUGUGGAUGAAAGGCAAGAACAAGAUGGAAGAAAACAAAGAAAGGGAGGAAGAGGAGGAGGAGGAGGAGGAGGAGGAGGAGAGUCGACCGAUGUGGAUGCUUUUGAAACCCUGAAGCAUAAUGUAGGUCCAGACGGGUUGCCAUUGCCGAUAGCACAGGUUUUCACAAAGCAGAAGAGAAAGAAGGAAAUGCAACGAAGCGGGCAAAUGAACCAGGAGGAGUCGGAAAGCAAAUGGUGUAACCGGUCAAAGAAGUCAAGGUGUGAGGGAGGAGAAGACUGUGUUGCCGCCGAUGGGCCGGUCAAAUCGCCGGAAGAUGUUGGAGCUCGUCCUUCCAAGGGACGACUGGAUGCUACAGAGAGGGAUAGCCCGGUCGCCGCCAAACAGAAAUUGACACCCUUCAAUUUUGAAUCUGCGAAGAUGGGGAUGAACUUGAGCUUGCUGCAGAGGAAAGAGAGGAAGAAUGAAGCUGAUGCUGGUGGCGACAGGGAUGGAGAGGAAGAGUCACAAGAACGGAGCACCACGGACGCGAAAGCUUCGGCCGCCGCCGGCAAGUGGUUCUUUGAUCCCAACAGGGCAGCCAAAGUUGAAUACGGCAUCAAGGGUGGCAAAAGGAGUCAAGUCUUCCAGCGCUCAGGGAACCGCAGUGCGACUUUUCGCGACUGAGGUGAGAAUUUUUGUCUUUUGGUAGAAAGGUUUGGUGCAGGGUACUUCUUUGAGUGCUGACUGUGGCUUUGCAAUCCUUUUAUUUUAACGGUGUUGUUACUGGCUGCCAUCCGUCUAAUUAGUUCAUGGCUGUUCCCUGUGUGAUAUGUCCUCAGGCAGCAGUGCUUGGGCUGUUAGCACAGACAGGUAGGGGGGCUGCAUCCUUGCUAGCACUGGCAACAAACAGACUCAACAGCUAGUACUGUUGAGAUCAGAUACUGUGAUCUUCCGAGCGUUGUACGGUUCUGUACAAGGGAUGUGAGUAUAGUUUUGCUCGAGAUUGUUUGACGUACGUCAGUUUUGAAAUCAAUUCAUCAAGUAUCAAGUAAGUUGUUUCGGCAUUUAAAUUCAUUAACUGGUCAGCAACUGGCAGCAAGUAAACUUUUCCUGUGUUC